ACUGGUGAAGAACCAGUUGGAGUCUUUCAAUCUCUUUGUCAGGGGAAUAAAGGACAUUGUUCUAGGUACAAGGAUGUUUGUGUUGGUAAUCCAUCUCUUAAUCCCGUAGACCGUGAAGCUUCAGAUGCCUGAAAUCCGAAGAUAUGCCGGAUGUCUGACCUUACCUACGUUGCUCCUAUUGUUGCUAAAAUUGAGUACCCAGAUACAAAAUCAAGGUUGAAGAGAGCACCCAUAGAACAUAAGGUGGUCCCCAUAAUGAUUGUCAUGAAGGCAAUGGGCAUGGAGAGCGAUCAAGAGGAGUUUGCAGGUCUCAAGGUGUACACACGAGGUCAAGCAUUGAAGUUCCUUGAGAAACCUGUGAUGGUCUUUAUGGAUGUAUGGCUGAGCAAAACCUACUUUGAAGUUCGUGCGAAGGACCUCUAGCUUAGCUCCAACAUGGGUGUGCAUAUUUUUUUUUGGAUAAAAUGUAAAUUAUUAAUAUCCAAGAGUCAAUACAAUGUACAUCCACGAAGUAAACAUACAAAGCAUCGGGGCAUACCCCUAUAAAUCAAAAGAAAGAAUGGCACACACGCCAAAGGCACGCACGCCCAAUCAAGAAAACAUGAGUAAACAAGCACAAGGAAAUAAAUGUGUAUCACAUGG